GGAAGGAUCUUAAUUAUUACAGGGUAGCUUACGUGUAGGGACAAGAGGAUACAACUCACCUUUUAAACAUCUUAAAUUAAGAUAUAUGUGUAAUGGUUAUUCUGUGUUUUGCCUCUGUCGCACACCAACUCCAUUAAAACGGCCUCGUUGGUGAAAUUUAAAGGCAGCGAGCAGCAGCAUCUUUCAGUGUUUCAGCAGCAGGCGUGGAGGAAAGAAAGUGCGUUGUUGUGAGUUGACACUCAUCGUGAUCGUCAUCCGGCCUGCUGCUGCUGAGAGGCGAAGCCGGGAGCUGGAGUUGUUUUUCGGGGACUCACUAUGGCGGUCAACCUGGACAAGGAAGCGUACUACCGCCGCAUCAAGAGGUUAUACAGCAACUGGAAGAAAGGAGAGGAUGAGUUUGGUAAAGUCGAUGCCAUCGUGGUGUCCGUGGGAGUGGAUGAGGAGAUUGUGUACGCCAAAUCCACAGCCAUACAGACCUGGCUGUUUGGCUAUGAGCUGACAGACACCAUCAUGGUGUUUUGUGACACCAAAAUCCUCUUCCUGGCCAGUAAGAAGAAGGUGGAUUUCCUCCGACAGGUGGCCGUAACCAAGGGCAACGAGAACGCCAACGGCGUGCCGCCUAUGACUCUGCUCACCAGAGAAAAGAAUGAAAGCAACAAGGCCAACUUCGACAAAAUGAUUGAGGCCAUCAAGGGAAGCAGGGAAGGGAAGUCCGUGGGGGUAUUCAGCAAGGACAAGUUCCCCGGAGACUACAUGAAGAGCUGGAACGACGCCAUGGCAGCAGAGGGACUGGAGCGGGUGGACAUCAGCGCCGUGGUCGCCUACACCAUGGCGGUGAAGGAGGACGUGGAGCUGAACCUGAUGAAAAAGGCAGCAGCCAUCACUGGAGAGGUUUACUCUAAGUUCUUCAAGGACCGGGUCAUGGAGAUUGUCGAUGGCGAUGAGAAAGUCCGACACAGCAAGCUGGCCGAGUCGGUGGAGAAGGCCAUAGAGGAGAAGAAGUACCUGGGCGGCGCCGACCCGUCCACGGUAGAGAUGUGCUACCCUCCCAUCAUUCAGAGCGGCGGCAACUACAGCCUCAAGUUCAGCGUCGUCAGUGACAAGAACCACAUGCACUUUGGUGCCAUCACGUGUGCCAUGGGCAUCCGCUACAAGUCCUACUGCUCCAACCUGGUGCGCACACUUAUGGUGGACCCCUCGCAGGAAAUGCAGGACAACUACAACUUCCUGUUGCAGGUGGAGGAGGAGCUUCUGACGGAGCUGAAGCAUGGUGUGAAAAUUAGCGACGCCUACAACGCCGUCCUGGAGUACGUGAAGAAAGAGAAGCCAGAGCUCGUGGGGAAGCUGACCAAAAACCUCGGGUUUGCGAUGGGGAUCGAGUUCAGGGAAGGCUCCUUGGUUCUGAACGCUAAAAACCAGUACAAGCUGAAGAAAGGCAUGGUGCUGAGCAUCAGUUUGGGCUUCUCAGACCUCCUAAAUAAGGACGGCAAGAAAGGCGAGCAGAAGUACGCCUUGUUUCUAGGCGACACGAUUCAAAUCAACGAGGACGAGGCGGCCACAGUUCUCACACCUGUGAAGAAAAAGAUAAAAAACGUGGCGAUCUUCUUAAAGAAAGAAGACGAGGAGGAUGAAGAGGAAGACGAGAACGACGCCGAGGAGCUGCUGGGGAAGGGAGCCCGUGGCGCCGCCCUGCUGGCAGACAGAACCAGAAACGAGAUGACGGCGGAGGAGAAGAGGCGGGCUCACCAGAAGGAGUUGGCCAAUAACCUGAACGAGGAGGCCAAGCGACGUCUGACGGAGCAGAAAGGGGAGCAGCACACCCAGAAGGCCAGAAAAUCCAACGUGUCUUACAAGAACGUCUCUCAGAUGCCCAGAGAGAAAGAAAUCAGGGAAAUGAAGAUUUACAUCGACAAGAAGUACGAGACGGUCGUCAUGCCUGUUUUUGGGAUCGCAACGCCGUUCCACAUCGCCACCAUCAAGAACAUCAGUAUGUCUGUAGAAGGAGACUACACCUACCUGAGGAUCAACUUCUUCGUCCCCGGCAGCUCUCUGGGACGACAGGAAGGAAACAUCUUCCCCAACCCGGACGCUACCUUUGUCAAAGAAAUAACGUACCGGGCGUCCAACCUGAAGGCCCCGGGUGAAUUGUCGGUUCCUUCCACCAACCUUCAAAAUGCCUUUCGAAUCAUCAAGGAGGUACAAAAGCGCUACAAGACGCGAGAAGCUGAAGAGAAGGAGAAGGAGGGCAUCGUCAAACAAGACUCACUGGUCAUCAACUUAAACCGCAGCAACCCCAAACUCAAAGACCUCUACAUCAGACCCAACAUCGCCCAGAAGAGGAUGCAGGGGUCACUGGAGGCCCACACUAAUGGCUUCCGUUUUACGUCAGUCCGCGGGGAUAAAGUCGACAUUCUUUAUAACAAUAUCAAACACGCCAUCUUCCAGCCGUGUGAUGGCGAGAUGAUCAUCGUCCUGCACUUCCACCUCAAGAACGCCAUCAUGUUCGGUAAGAGGCGCCACACAGACGUUCAGUUCUACACGGAGGUCGGGGAGAUCACCACAGACUUAGGAAAACACCAACACAUGCACGACCGGGACGACCUGUACGCCGAGCAGAUGGAGCGCGAGAUGAGACACAAGCUCAAGUCCGCGUUUAAGAACUUCAUCGAGAAGGUGGAGACGCUGACGAAAGAGGAGCUGGAGUUCGAGGUGCCCUUCAGAGACCUGGGGUUCCAGGGAGCCCCCUACAGGAGUAACUGCUUAUUACAACCCACGUCCAGUUCUCUGGUCAACGUUACUGAAUGGCCGCCGUUCGUGGUGACCCUCGACGAGGUGGAACUGGUCCACUUUGAGCGCGUACAGUUCCACCUAAAGAACUUUGACGUGGUCAUCGUCUACAAGGACUACAGCAAAAAGGUCACCAUGAUCAACGCCGUGCCCGUGAACUCACUGGACCCCAUCAAGGAGUGGCUCAACUCGUGUGACAUCAAGUACACAGAAGGAGUCCAGUCGCUGAACUGGACCAAGAUCAUGAAGACCAUCGUAGAUGAUCCGGAGGGCUUCUUCGAGCAGGGAGGCUGGUCUUUCUUGGACCCAGAAAGCGAGGGAAGCGGUGCAGAGGAAGACUCUGAGUCAGAAAUGGAGGAUGAAACCUUUAACCCUUCCGCAGAUGAAGAGGAGGAAGAAGAGGAGGACAGCGAUGAGGACUACAGCUCAGAGACGGAGGACUCUGAUUACAGUGCUUCUGUGGGCAGCGAGGAGGAGAGCGGGAAAGACUGGGACGAGCUGGAGGAGGAAGCGAGGAAAGCUGACCGGGAGAGCCAGUAUGAAGAUGAGGACAGCUCCAACAGGAAGAGGAAGGGCCGGUCAGCACCUCCUCCCCCCACUAAGAAGAAGCGGCGAUCCUAAACUCCUACCACACACACACACACACACACACACACACACACACACACACACUGCCAAAUUUAGUUUACCUCCAAAAUCUUUUUUUUUUUUACGCCCCAACUGGCUCUUUUGAGGCUCAAACUUCUCUCUCCGACACACACACUUACACACGUUCAAACCAUUUGUACAUAGAUAUAGAAGCCCCUCCCCCUUUCUUAUAUUUUUUAAUAGUUGUUGUCAGUGGUGUUGUGUUGAUGAAACAACCAGCAGGACAGUCACUUCAUUCCUCGUUCUGUUUUCCCUCGUUCUUCAGGUGUGUGUGUGUGUGUGUGUGUGUGUGUGUGUGUGUGUGUGUGUGUGUGUGUGUGUGUGUGUGUGUGAGCACACAAGUGAGAAUAAAUACGAUUUUAUUGCAAAUGGUGUUCUGUUCACAAUUUUGUUUCUUAAUGAAUUAAUAAUAAAGACGUUUCUGCCAAGUGUUUUUAUAGAAAAACAGAACCUGUCCUCCAUGUUUUCUUCUGUUCUGAAGCCUUUUUUCAUGUUCUGAUGCUUUCUUGUCUUUAAACGGGGUGUGUAAACUUAACACGCACACACACACACACCAUCUCGCCCACAGUUGUCCUGUUUCAUAUUUUGAUCAGCAGAGUUGAUAUGAUGAUGAUCUGUUUAAUUCUGAAAAUCCAGUUUUGUUGUUUUGUAAUAAAGUUAAAAGGAACUA